AAAUCGGCAAGGAUUCCUAGUAAAGUCAAGAAACCGUAGUUUUCCAUACUAAAUCGUAAAUCGACCGACUCAAAAAUGGAAAAGACUGUGAAAGUAUUUAAUUCAAAGAUGCGAUCUACUGGGUCAGAAGAGAUUGCAAAGCCUCAGAAGCAACUACCCGCCAUUCGACCAGAGCUUUCAUGGCCACCUAGACAGCCCAGCUUCCCCAUCCUGCCGCCAAAGAAAAAAAUUAUAAACGAUAACACCCAUUUACCAGAAAGACCUGGAGCCAUUAAACGACCAGCACCUGAAACAAUAGAGUCCAUCGCCCCGAUAAGUUUCAAGAGACAAGUUUUAUCCGAACUAUAUAAAGACGGCGAUGUCGACAAAUUAGCAAAAAGUCGAACUGAUACUAUAAACUUACAAAGGGACUGGAGGCAAUUUUCCACUAACUUGCCUCCAACACCGGGAAAAGUCAAAUCAGCUGUAGACGUUAAAUCCCUUGCCACUACUAAAGCAAAGAGCUUGAGCUCUGAGGAGCGCGUCAUGGAUUUUGGAAAUAAACCGAAAUCGAAAGAUCCACGAAUAAGAGGGGAACGAAUGGGGUCCAUGCUUUUGCCGAAUAAUAAUCGAUCCAGUCAAAACUUGAUCAAUAGGCCUUCUCGCGGAGUUCCGCAAAUAUUCCCAGGACCUACUCAAGGUUUUUCGGACGGCGUUCUACACCGGUCUGUAUUGCAGCGUAUUCCAGGAUCUCGCAAAUCGACAGACCCAAAAGCGGCGACUGUGAAAGAGAUGGCAAAGCCUCAGGAACAACUACCCACCAUUCGACAAGAGCUUUUAUGGCCACCUAAACAGCCCAGUAAAAACAGUAAGUACAAAAUCCCUUGA